AUGAAAUUCUUCAAAAAAUUCACUCAAAUUGUUCAAUAAUUCCUUUAACUUAGGGAUAUUGUUUUGUAAAUAAUUUUAAUUUAUUCUAAGAACUCAUAAACAACCUAGAAAUAUUGAAGUAUAAUCAGAUGUUCAAUCAAAUAAGGGAUAAGUAAAAUCAGUUAUAUUUUCAGAAUCACAUUUAGGUGUUACUUAAUCACAUAGUAUAUUUAUUAAUUUAUUCUAUAGUAUUCCAUUAUUAGAAUGAUAUUGAAGAUGUUAAAUAAGAGUUUUUGGAUAGAUAAUAAUAUUUUAAGAAUUGA